UAGUUAUGUCCGCUGCUUAAAUGUACUAAUGAGUUAAAUUAUUGUAUUUUUAUUUUUGUUUCGUGUAGUUUAGUAUUAGUAUUUAGUAUUAAUAAUGAUUAAUGUUGAUCGUUAAUAUUUUAAAAGUUCCUUAAUUGAUCGUUGUCCUUAAAUUAUUGUACUUCGAGGCCCACAUCACCAAUGAUUAUGUGUUUUCUAUUUUUUUGGUGUUGGCAUGUUAUUAUUUAUACUUAAUGAACCAUGGAUUUUAUUUUAUUUUUUUAUUGUUACCUGUGAUUUUAUUUUAUUUUGCAUAAAUCUUUAUUAAAUUUACACUUGUACACUAUACACAUAAGCACGCACACACAAACGGCACAUACACAUAUACGCACACACAAAACACACAUUUCCCCCCAAAUGAAAUAAUUUGGGCCGUUAAACAAAAGUAAGAAAAACUAGUCUAUAAGAGAGUAAUUUACCAUCUAGUGUCAAGUCAGUUGUGCGUGUAACAAGAUACCUGUUAGUCUGUAUCCUUGUGGAAGGUCUUCCGAGUAUCUUUAAUUCUGUAUUUCGUAAAAGAAUUAUUAUUUUAUAAUAUAUAGAUUUAAAUUUAAAAAAUUACGUUUUAUAUUCACAAAUUAAUAAGUAUACAUAUAUAAUAUAUUUGAUAUAAUUAUAAAAUGCAAUUUUAAUUAUUAUAAGUGUUAAAUUGUUUUUUUAUCAAUAAAUUAUUUUUAAUAAUAAAAAAAUUAAUGGUUUUAUUAUUAUGUUCGUUAAUGUUGUAUUUUUAACAUUACUUUACUUUACUUUACUUUAUUAUUUUCAAAAUGAUGUAUUUUAUAACAAAGAAUCAAUUAAUUAUUUUUAAUAGAAAAAAAUUAUAAGUACCGAACUGUUUGAAGAGAUAUGAUUUUCAGAAUUCUAGUUUAUGACCUCGAAAAAUUAUAUUGUUCUUAAAAAGACUGUGCUUGAAAAAAACUGAACUCGUAAUGUGGAAACGGAUAUCCGUAUUCAUCGUGUUCCUUAUGUUAAUCAUACAGAUGAACAGUAUUCAAUGGCUGGGCAUGCAGAAAGCAGCCGGCAAAGUGGACUGGAACGACGUGGGCGUUUGCCGGACAUUGCGCAAAACCUACGGACUAGACUCGCGUCAAGCGCGCAUUUGCAAGUCUUGGCGUCCAGUCAUGCAGCACGUUUCCCGGGCCGCCGCGUUGGCCGUGGUCGCCUGUCAGUCGGUCUUGCAAAACAGACGGUGGAACUGUUCGUCGGUGCGGUCCGCGCCGGGACUCACGCCGGAGCUGGUCAAAGGCACAAAGGAGCAGUCUUUCGCGUAUGCGCUCAGUUCGGCCGCGCUGACGUACACCAUGACCAGGGAUUGUGCGUCUGGAAUGUUGCCGAGCUGUGGGUGCGGCACUCACCCGGAAGACACGGACGGCACGUUCAAAUGGAGCGGGUGCGAUGACAAUAUCCGGUGGGGCGCCAAGUUUGCUAGACAGUUUGUGAAGAAAGAAAACCCUUUGGCGGCGGUGGCGUCGGGUAAAUACAAAGGUGGCGACGAGGACGACGACGACGGCGACGAUAUCGUCGACUUGCCGGCUAACGCCAACGAAGAUGCGGUACGGCGCGAACAGAGAGCCAUGUCUAUCGUCGACGAACACAAUUACAAAAUAGGCCGAAAAGUGGUCGUGUCAAGUGUGAAAACCCAUUGCAAGUGUCACGGCAUGUCAGGAUCAUGUAACGUGAAAACGUGUUGGAGGGGUCUGCCGAACAAAUUCAUUGGUGUAGGCAUCAAGUUGUUGAAACUGUACAAUAAAACACCGUUGAAAGUGGAAAUGAUUCAAGUCAUUCGAUUCGGACUUCCAAAACACACGGACAGUUCAUUAGUAUAUAUUACAGAGUCUUCAGAUUAUUGUAAUUACGACCAGAGAGUAGGCAGUUACGGAACGGUCGGCAGAAAGUGUAAUUCCACCACAGUUGGUACUGAAAAUUGUCUUUCUAUGUGCUGCGGUCGAGGAUACACUACUCAAAUCAUUGAACAGACAGAACGUUGCCAAUGCAAAUACCAUUGGUGCUGUUAUGUGAACUGUCAAAACUGUACUAGCCUAGUAAAGAGGCAAAUUUGUAAUUAAUUGUAAUGAUUCAUAUUAUAUAUACAUGAGAUUUGUGUUGUAAAAGAAUGUUUUAGUUUUUUUUAUAACUAUUAUGGUAAAUAAACAAAAUAAAUAAGUAUGGAAAAAGUUGUCCACAGUUAAAAUAAAUGUAAUAUCUUUAU